AUGAGAGAGUUCUUUGCUUAUAGGAUGCAGGAUAGGGACAACAAAUUCUCUCUAAUCCUUAAUGCGAGGAGGUUGUAUCAACAGUUUAUAGUCGACGCAUACACAAUGAUCGAAAGCGAGCGGCUAAACUACAUAAGAUUUCAGCAAACCAAAUUACGAUGCGAAUCGUUUAACAGCCUAAGAAGUGUUCAGCAAGGUGGCCAGACUGAUUUGUCUCAUACUGGAAAACCUGUGAUAUUACCGUCUUCGUUUACUGGUGGAGCUCGAUAUAUGAUGCAAAAUUACCUGGAUGCUAUGGCUUUAUGUAGGAAUUAUGGGUAUCCUGAUUUUUUCAUAACUAUUACCUGUAAUCCGAAAUGGCCCGAGAUGGUAAGGUUUAUUGGUGACACAUCAGUUAAGCCUGAAGACAGACCCGACAUUCUUUGUAGAUUGUUUAAGAUGAAGCUUGAUGCAUUGAUAAAAGACCUUAAGGAAAAAAAAUUUCUUGGCGAUAUUAAUGUUGUUGUUUACACCGUUGAAUUUCAAAAGCGUGGUCUGCCACAUGCUCAUUUAUGUGUUUUUAUGAAAGCUGAUCAUAAGGUUCCUACUGUUGAACAUAUUGACCCUUUUAUCUCAGCUGAGAUUCCUGAUAAAAAUGAAGAUCCUGAAUUAUAUUCUCUGGUCUGUGAGUUCAUGAUUCAUGGUCCAUGUGGACAGGCUAACUUGAAAUGUCCAUGCAUGGUAGGCAACCGUUGUUCUAAGAAUUUUCCAAAGAAGUUUUUGGAGGCUACUUCUGUUGAUUCAGAUGGAUUUCCGCUUUAUAGGCGAAGAGACGAUGGUCACACAGUUAUUAAGAAGGGUGUCACAUUGGACAACAGGAGCGUCGUUCCAUACAACAAAAGGCUUCUUAGAAGAUAUCAGGCGCACAUCAAUGUGGAGUGGUGCAAUCAGCCAGGUUCAAUUAAGUAUUUAUUUAAAUACAUUAAUAAAGGACCAGAUAGAACCACUGUUGCUGUUAUAGAUUCAGACAGAGGGAUUGAGGAGGAGAUACCGAAAGAUGAAAUAAAAGAAUAUUACGAGGCAAGAUAUGUUUCUGCAUGUGAAGCGAGUUGGAGAAUAUUUGCAUGUGAAGUUCACUAUCGGUAUCCGUCUGUUAUGAGGUUACCAUUUCAUCUUCCAGGCCAGCAAAAUGUAGUUUUCAGUGGUGAAGAUGAUAUUGAAGAUGUGCUAAACAAACCACAGGUUAAUUCUUCUAUUUUUUUGGAGUGGAUGAAGAUGAACAAAAAACCAGAAACAACGAAACUUACGUAUGUUGAGUUUCCAUCAAAGUAUGUAUGGAAGUUAAAGGAUCGUUGCUGGCAGCCGCGAAAAAAUUAUGUUGUUGUUGGAAGACUUUAUUCAGUUUCUCCUUCGCUUGGUGAAGCUUAUUACCUUAGAAUUCUUCUAACCAAGGUCAAGGGUCCACGAUCUUUUGAAGAAAUUAGAACCUAUGAGGGUGUUGUUUAUCCUACUUUUAGGGAUGCAUGUUAUGCGUGUGGCCUAUUAGACGAUGACAACGAAUACAUUGAGUGUAUUAAAGAGGCCAGUUUUACAGGAAAUGGUCAUUAUCUUCGUUCAUUGUUCGGUUUUGCUGUCUCAGACGAGCGUUUAAAGAAUAUAACAUUGUCUAAAAUCGAAAACUAUCUUAUCCGUAAUGGAUCCAGCUUGCAUAGAUUCUCACCAAUGCCUGUUCCAGAUGAAGAUUCUACAUUAUAUGAGGCUAACCGUCUAAUAAAUGAGGAGCUUUCUUGGGAUAAGGAUGAAGUUAGGGUCAAUAAGCUUCAUAAUUCUUUAAAUGAUGAUCAAAGAGUAGUGUAUAAUGAGAUUAUGACUGCUGUUGGACGUGGGAAAGGUGGUGUUUUUUUUGUGUACGGUUAUGGUGGUACAGGUAAGACAUUUCUUUGGAAAACUUUAGCUGCUUCCAUAAGAUGCAAUGGACAUAUUGUUGUUAAUGUUGCUUCAAGCGGGAUUGCAUCACUGUUGUUGUCACGAGGCCGUACCGCCCAUUCAAGAUUUCAUAUUCCGAUUAAUCUUACUGAAGAUUCCGUUUGUCAUAUCAAACCUAAUUCUGAAAUCGCUAAUCUUCUAGACGAAGCCAAGUUGAUUAUUUGGGACGAAGCACCGAUGGUACACAAACAUGCUUUUGAAGCUCUUGAUCGUACAUUGUAA